AUGUCUCUCCAACUAACACAAUUGCAACACACAGCCGAAGCACGCGCAAGCAUCCUGUCGCAAAUCCUCGAACCCGAUGCCGCAGACCGUCUAGGCCGCAUCCGCCUGGUCAAGGCAUCGCGCGCUGAAGACGUCGAAAACAGACUCAUCAUGCUGGCUCGUAGCGGUCAGCUCAGACAAAAGCUCUCGGAAGCUCAACUCAAGGACAUCCUGGGCGCCAUGUCCGAGCAGCAAGAAAAGAAGGAGACUGUUAAGGUGUCGAGGAGAAAGGGAGGCUGGGACGACGACGACCUCGAGGAUCUCUUGAACGACGAUUGA